AUGUCAGAUGCUAUAUCUUCCUUGCUCCGGAGGGUGAUCUUGGAGUCCCCUCCUGGAGAAUGGGCCAUGAGGCAACUCCGAGAGCUGCUUAUUGGCGCCCUCAAGCAAGGCCCCAUUCCUCAGCAUGUGUCCUUUGAGAUGGACGGAAAUCGACGAUACGCACGAAGCCAUCGGAUGGAGACCGUGGAAGGCCAUCAUCGCGGGUUUGAGGCUCUCGCUAGGAUAAUGGAGAUAUGCUACAAAUGCGGUGUCAAGGUCGUCACUGUCUACGCGUUCAGCAUAGAAAACUUCAACCGCCCGAAGUACGAAGUCGAAGGCCUCAUGCAAUUAGCAAAGGUCAAGCUCGAGCAGUUGACGAAUUACGGCCACAUUCUCGACCGUUAUGGGGCCCGUGUUCGGGUGCUCGGCCAGCGCGAGAUGAUUCGAGCAGAUGUUCUAGAAGUGGUUGACAAAGCGGUUGCACGAACAAAGCACAACAACAAGGCCGUGCUAAACAUCUGCUUCCCUUAUACUUCCCGAGCUGAGAUGACGACCGCAGUAAAAUCGACCGUGCAAGAAUUCUUAGCUCCUACUCCACCAAAGGCCACACCUUUCUCGCCCUCCCGAAUCAGGCAGAAUAUUCUAUCGAGACAGCUAGAUCGUCACGACGGCGGCCUGCCCACCAUCCAUGAUGUCCCCCCGGAGGACUCAGUUAGUCUGGACGAAGACGGAGAAAAGGACUCCAGAGACGGAGACUCCUCGUCACCCACGCUACAUCCAGACUCUCCCUCGCCGCGCCUCCGAGCAAGGAACAGCUCUGUCAGCCUCUCGGGGCUUCCAAACCCCGAGACGAUUACUGCCGAGACGCUGGAUAAGCACAUGUACACUGCGAAUGACCCGCCUCUUGACAUCUUUGUCCGGACCAGCGGCGUUGAGCGCCUGAGUGACUUUAUGCUCUGGCAAUGCCAUCAAGACACCCAAAUCUUCUUCAUUGAUACACUCUGGCCAGACUUCGAUCUCCAGCACUUUAUUUGGAUUUUGCUGGAGUGGCAGUGGCGGCAAAAGCAGAAAGACCGGGAUGGUGCGCCGGCGGGAGGACGAGCUGUGAAGACGCGAAGCAUGGUCGAAUAA